CCUUUCUCCCACUGUUGUACAUCCGUACAGCUUCACAGGGAUCUUGUCUCGUGUGAUUUCUUAGUAUAGCCGACAUGUACAUGAUGUACUAAAUGGCUGUGAGAAGUGUUCUUCUACUGCUUGUCGUCCUGGCAUCAACACCAUGGGCAGCAAGGGGACAAACAUGUCCGGACGGCUACAGCUACAAUGCCGGUCUGUGUUACCGAUGGACCGAAACCCUGACGUCCGCUCUAGAUGCCAACAACGACUGUGCGUCUGACGGGGCGACUCUCGCCUUGCCCCGCAGUCAGGACGAGCACGACUACCUGACGGGCCUGAUUUCAGAGACCGUCCUUAUCGGCAUCACGGAUUACUACCAUGAAGGGACGUGGAAGUACUCGGACGGCACUGAGAUCGGAGCCUUCAACAAGUUUCUUCCCGAGGCCGAUUAUCCCAACACAGGCAGGAUAGACUGUGUGGUCAUGUCUAAAGACGACUCCUACAUGUGGAAACCCAGUUCCUGUUCCCAAGAACAGUACGGCUAUGUCUGUCAAAAAGAUGCUGUCAUGCCACCUCCUCCGUUAGUAUGUCCGGACGGCUACAGCUAUAAUGCCGGUCUGUGUUACCGAUGGACCGAAACCCUGACGUCUGCUCUAGAUGCCAAUAACGACUGCGCGUCUGACGGGGCGACUCUCGCCUUGCCCCGCAGUCAGGACGAGCACGACUACCUGACGGGCCUGAUCUCAGAGACCGUCCUUAUCGGCAUCACGGAUGUCCUAGAGGAAGGGACGUGGAAGUACUCGGACGACACUGAGAUCGGAGCCUUCAGCAAGUUUCUUUCGGAGGUCGAUCAUCCCAACACAGCCACGAUAGACUGUGUGGUCAUGUCUAAAGACGACUCCUACAAUUGGAAACCCAGUUCCUGUUCACAAGAACAGUACGGCUAUGUCUGUCAGAAAGAUGGCGACAUGACUAAACUUCCUCAGCUAGAGUGUCCUGAUGGUUAUACCGGUGUGGAGGGUACAAAGUGCUACAGAGUAGUCUCGGAGCCAGCCAGCGCCAUCGCGGCGUUAGCAGAGUGUCAGGCUGAGGGAGCAGACCCAGUCCUGCCUACAUCAGACCUGGAGCACUACUACCUCAAGUCACUCGGCCUGGGGACACACUGGAUCGGUGUGACUGAUUCUGCGCCCCGCUCUACGGAGGGGAACUGGGUCUAUCUCACUACUGACCUUCCAGCACUGGGUUCUUUUAACAGGUGGGGUUCCACUGCGAACACUGAUGAUCUAGACUGUGUGGCAAUGGACUCCGCUGAGGCUUACCAGUGGGCACCAACCUACUGUUUAGACGACCUUGCUUGCGUGUGUCAGAAAGCUCCACCUGACCAGUGUCCACCACUGGCGGCCCCUGAGAACGGAGCGGUCAGCGGGUCAAGUUUGCCAGAAGGCGUGGCGACAUUUACCUGUGACGAAGGAUACAACCUGGAUGGUGCCUCUACAACCACCUGCCAGGCUGACUUAAGCUGGAGCGAUGACAACCCAACUUGCAACAGUGAGUUCUGCAUGUGUGUGUGUGUCUCUGCGUGUGUGUAUGUACAUAUGUAUGAAUGUAACGUUAUGGUAUCUGUCACAGAGUAAUGAUUAAUAUAGUUUGAUGUAGGCUGUGUGGUUG